AUGUGCUCACUUCGCAAUGAGAGCGUGAAAAUACGAAACCACACGGAGCGUAAACCUUUCAAGUCACCCAUGUCAAACAAUAGAGUUCUGGACGAGGUAAAGAGUUUCAGCUCGCUCUCAAUCCCUUGUUGGGGCUCAGUGUUUAUAGUCCACAAGGCCAGGUUGUGGAAUCAAGUCCUCCACGUGCUUGCUCGACCCUUCUUCAAGUCGUUCUUCGGGCGGACGUACAAUAACGUGUCGUCUCUGGGCGAGUGCAAGAACGGCGGCCGUUGCGUCAUCAACAAGAAGAACCGGACAGCGUGCAAGGCCUGCCGCCUGCGCAAGUGCCUGCUCGUCGGCAUGUCCAAGAGCGGAUCCAGGUACGGCCGCCGCUCCAACUGGUUCAAGAUCCACUGCCUCCUUCAGGAGCAGGUGUCGCUGGCCUCUCCGACGGAGCACACGUCCCCGGGCACCCUGGCCGUGCAGGAGGCCAAGCGGGCGCUGCAGGGCCUCGCCUCGCAGGGCCCUUCGCCCACGCAGGACUCGCCGCGGAAGGCCGGAGACGCCGAGGAGGAGCCGCGGGUCAUCAUCAAGGAGGAGGACCGCGACUCGCCCGCCCUCAGCAGCCCCGAGUCUCAGGCGUCGGACAAUUCCCUGGAGUCGCCCCUGGACCCGCGGAGGCCCCCGCCGGCCUUCCAGCUGUACCCGAAGCUGGGGGCGCUGUCCCCCUUCUUCCUGCACGCGGGCACGGCGCUGGCCAGCCCCUCGUCCCCGUACUCUCGGCUGCCCCUCUACCCCUAUCUGUACCCCGUGCUCAGCAGGCCGGCCGAAACCACGCCCGUAUCCUCCCCGCCCGUGUCGUCUCCCUCGCCGUCCCUCUCCCACGCCCGCACGCACUCCCCGGGUAGCGCCCACGAGCCCACCAGCCCGCACUCGCCCCACCUCUCGCAUUCCCCGGUCGCCGCCCACCUACGGGAGCUCGCCCACUCGCCCGCCGUCUCUACCAGUCACUUCAGCCUGACGAUCACGCCCGCGCACGCCAGUACCCACGCCCUCAGCAGUCCCCAUCUCCAUGCACUCAAAAGUCCCCACGCCCAUAUCAGCAGCCCUUAUAUUCACAGAAGUCCCCCAGCCCAUAGCCAUCCCCCCGCCCACGCCAACUUCCCCCCCAUCCGCGGCAGUCCCCAGCCGGCCCACGGGGACCUGAGCAAGAAGCCGCGCCCCUCGGGAGACGACCUCGCUCGCCCUGCGUCCCCCCGCUGCGGAGACGAGGCCGACGAGCAAAAGGAACCGAUCGACCUCUCGCUGAAGAAGACACCGCCCACGCCCACGCCCGUGAGCCAAGACCCCGAGACCCAAGCGACCUCGCCCACGGACAGCCAGGUCGUGUCCUACAGCAUGAAGGUGACCACGGCGUCUCUGAGUCCCGGGCAGACGCAGGAAACCUCCACGUCUCCUGUCGAUCUCUCCUGCCGAGCUUGA